GAACUGACGCUUUAGGGGGUUGCUAAGCCCUGGGAGUGUUGAUAUUUUCCAGUCAGUCCGGCUGACUGCGGCCAAGUUGGAAGCCCGGAAGGGAGGUGAUUUUAAAAUUGUCGCUCGUGGGGAACGCCACACUGUCCUGUCGCAGAACCCACGCCUGCGAGUCAGAGCCCCGGGGAGAGAAGUUAAGAGCGGGACAGGCCGACGAAAGGAAAGGCAAGGAACAAGGGUGCCGACAUUGACUGAAAUCUGAGACGGUGGGCAGGGAGGGCGAACGUUCGCUUCUGAUUGGCCCGUGGCUGUCAUCGAGGACCCACGCAGCCGCUUUGAUUGGUUGGUGCUCGCAAUUGUUGUGGCGGCGGCGAAGAUUUUGCCCACGUACUUCCGAACGAGAGGCGGGGCUGUGCCCCGGCGCGCGUGCGCAACUCCCGGGGCCCCACCCGGUAGUUCAAGAACCUGCGAGGGGGCGGGGCGAAGAGGUGCUUGUUUUGGUUCUGUUUCCUUUGAAGCCGAAGGCCGGAACGAACGUAGCAAUAACUUGCUGGACUUGGAGCAAAGGCUACGACAGGCUCGCCGCGGUGCCUUCAUCUAGGACAUCACAUCCGGGUUCUCCUGCCUUGUGACCCUCGCACCGCCGACGGUUCGAGAACCGGUGCUGUGAUCUCUUUAUCCGGGUCCCGCCGAUCCCGUCGUGCUUCGCGCACCACUGUAGCCCCCUCAUCCGGGUCCUCUCCCGGCGUGCCCCGCGUCGGGUUUGCUGGGGGGUACUCGGUGCUGCCGCCAUGACUAUUCUCCCCAAAAAGAAGCCGCCGCCACCCGACGCCGACCCCGCCAAUGAGCCGCCGCCGCCCGGGCCGUUGCCCCCAGCGCCGCGCCGCGGCGGGGGUGUAGGCGUGGGCGGCGGCGGCACGGGCGUGGGUGGCGGCGACCGCGACCGUGACUCGGGCGUCGUGGGGGCCCGUCCCCGGGCCUCGCCACCGCCUCAGGGCCCGCUCCCGGGGCCACCGGGUGCGCUCCACCGCUGGGCGCUGGCCGUGCCGCCCGGCGCCGUGGCGGGCCCCCGGCCACAGCAGGCCUCUCCUCCUCCUUGUGGGGGCCCCGGCGGUCCCGGCGGCGGUCCGGGUGACGCGUUGGGUGCAGCAGCAGCGGGCGUGGGCGCGGCGGGCGUGGUGGUGGGCGUGGGCGGCGCCGUGGGCGUGGGCGGCUGCUGUUCAGGGCCUGGCCACAGCAAGCGGCGGCGUCAAGCCCCUGGGGUUGGCGCGGUUGGCGGGGGCAGUCCGGAGCGUGAGGAGGUCGGCGCAGGUUACAACAGUGAGGACGAGUAUGAAGCGGCUGCAGCUCGCAUCGAAGCUAUGGACCCCGCAACCGUCGAGCAGCAGGAGCACUGGUUUGAAAAGGCCCUGCGAGACAAGAAGGGCUUCAUCAUCAAGCAGAUGAAGGAGGACGGCGCCUGUCUCUUCCGGGCUGUCGCUGACCAGGUUUAUGGAGACCAGGACAUGCAUGAGGUUGUACGAAAGCACUGCAUGGACUAUCUGAUGAAGAAUGCUGACUACUUCUCCAACUACGUCACAGAGGACUUCACCACCUACAUCAACCGGAAGCGGAAAAACAACUGCCAUGGCAACCACAUUGAGAUGCAGGCCAUGGCAGAGAUGUACAACCGGCCCGUGGAGGUGUAUCAAUACAGCACAGAACCCAUCAACACAUUCCAUGGGAUCCAUCAAAAUGAGGAUGAACCCAUCCGUGUCAGCUACCAUCGGAAUAUCCACUACAAUUCAGUGGUGAAUCCUAACAAGGCCACCAUUGGCGUGGGACUGGGCCUGCCAUCAUUCAAACCAGGGUUUGCAGAGCAGUCCUUGAUGAAGAAUGCCAUAAAAACAUCAGAGGAGUCAUGGAUUGAACAGCAGAUGCUGGAAGACAAGAAGCGGGCCACAGACUGGGAGGCCACAAACGAGGCCAUUGAGGAGCAGGUGGCUCGGGAAUCCUACCUGCAGUGGCUGAGGGAUCAAGAGAAACAGGCCCGCCAAGUCCGUGGCCCCAGCCAGCCCCGGAAAGCCAGUGCCACAUGCAGUUCUGCCACUGCAGCAGCCUCCAGUGGCCUAGAGGAGUGGACCAGCCGGUCCCCACGGCAGCGGAGUUCAGCCUCGUCUCCUGAGCACCCUGAGCUGCAUGCCGAGUUGGGCAUCAAGCCCCCUUCCCCAGGCACUGUCUUAGCUCUUGCCAAACCUCCUUCACCCUGUGCACCAGGUACAAGCAGCCAGUUCUCGACAGGGGCCGACCGGGCUACUUCCCCCCUUGUGUCCCUCUACCCUGCUCUGGAGUGCCGGGCCCUCAUUCAGCAGAUGUCCCCUUCUGCCUUUGCAGGUCUGAACGACUGGGAUGAUGAUGAGAUCCUAGCUUCGGUGCUGGCAGUGUCCCAACAGGAAUACCUAGACAGUAUGAAGAAAAACAAAGUGCACAGAGACCCACCCCCAGACAAGAGUUGAUGGAGACCCAGAGACUGGAGACCGUCUCCCAACCCCCACCACUCCUGCCCUCCGGUGCCACCCCACCUUCUUUGGCUUUCUUCCCUCUUGCCUUCUUCCUUCUUCCCUCUCUCCCCUCCUUUCCUUCCCCACUUCCCUCUGGCUGGCCCACCCCUGCGCGCCCUCUCAUCGCUGCCACCACCACCAUCACCUGUCUCUUCGCCAGCUGAUAUGCCCUCUUGCCCCCUGCACAGCACCAUCCCUGCAUUCCACAGGGGACUCGGGCAAGGGUGCUGAAGGUAGGCGAGAGGCACACAGAGACAAACCAACUGGCAGCCAGGCAGCCCCUGAAGACAGACAUUCAGACAGAGGGAAGUCUCCCUGCCCCCAGUUCUUUCCAAGAUCAGAAAAUUGUCACCCCACCUCCACAGUGAUGCCAGGGAGGUGGGAGGAAGAAGUGGGAAUAUCCCCUUCCCAGUACCCCCAAGAAUGUCUGAGCCUUCAAUGUUGAAUUUUUCUUUAUUAAAAUGUACUUUUAUCUUAUAAAAUCAUUCAAUCAAAAAGUGAUGUAGACAACAGUAUUGGCUCUAUGAAGGCGGCAUCUCUGGUUUGGGGGCAGGCAGGCCAUGGGGCACAGAGGGGGCACAAAGAUGUGUUUGUUGUCCCUGGCCUCCAGCUCUGUGGAGGUGGGCAGGGUCUAGGGCGUGAGCCGGGGAUGGGGACGAGGGGGGCAGGUGUCAAGUGGGCUUUUUGGACAAUGAGACUGACCUCGCUGCAUUCCUUAUGCUUCCACCUCCACCACUAGUCUUUUUCGGGGUGGGGGGCACUUUUGAGGAUCAUGGCCGCCGCCCAGGAUUUGAGUGUGGGGAGUGGGAGCAGCCUCAGCAGAUGGGGCACCCGUGCCCUGCAGGUGUCGACAAGAUCCGCCAUCUGUAAUGUCCUUGGCACAAUAAAACCAAAUGUCAGUUUCCCCUGA